UAUAAAUAUGUAUAUACUUCCACACAUAAAUGCAGAACCCACACUGAACAUUGAUUCAUAUUUCAUUAAUCACCAUCCACUCCUGAUCAUUCAUUUCGAACUUAUAAAUCAGCUGAACACUCGUUCAGACGGUCGAGCUAUGAUGGAAGAUCCAACCAACCCGCUAGCACCCGUCAAAACCUACCACCGGAGUGAUCAAGAGUUCGCCCCCAGCGAGUCAAGAUCAUCACCUUGGUCUCGGGAACACCGGACGAGUAAGUGCUGCGUGUACAUCCUCCUCUGGGCAGUCAUCUCCGCUGCGAUCGCUCUGGUGUUUGCCCUGGUCGUGUUCCGCGUCGAGACUCCCGAUUUCCGGCUCAGCGACGUGACCAUCAAGAAUCUCCAUUAUGCCACCUCGCCGGUCCCAUCGUUAAAUGCCACCCUGAUCGCUAAUGUCACGGUGAAGAACACCAACUUCGGUCGGUACAAGUUUGAGAACGGGACCUCGGUCAGUGUUCUCUAUGCGGGUCAUCCUGUCGGGGACAGGAUAGUCAUCAACGCAGGACGUGCUAGGGCGAGGGAUACUAAGGAGGUCAACGUGACUAUGGAAGUCAGGUCUAGCUGGUUAGGUUCCGACGUGGUUAGUAGGAAUCUGAGCAGCGAUUUGAAUUCCGGGACGCUGCAGCUGAGUACCUAUGCGAAACUGAGAGGGAGAGUUCAUCUGAUGGAGAUGUUCAAGAGAAGGAGGACUGCGGAGAUGAACUGCACAAUUACUGUUGAUCUGCCCAGUGAGAAGGUCCAAAAUGUACGAUGUAGUUGAAUAUAUAUCUCUUUUGAUCUUAACAAGGAAAAUAAUUAAAACGUUCUUAUACAUAUUGUUUCAUUCAUUCAUACAUAAGUACAUACAUAUAUGUGUGUA